UUCCUGAAGAGACGAUUUAAAUCCAAUAACAACGGAAAGAAAGGUGUUCGUAGAAAUUCAGAUGAAUCAGGACUAGAUCUGAAACAUGUUUUGCACGAUAUAUUCAACAUCACAAAGGAAAUUGAAGACAUAAAAGAAAAGCUGAAGCAUUACGAUAAGAAACUGGACACGACGAAUAAAGAUGUCAGCGUUGAGAAAUCCAAAAAUGUGACAUUAAAAUCAAAAUAUCUUCUAACCAUAUUUUCAACAUGGACAGAAAGUGAAGACAGAUUACAUAUCUAUAAUAACACAUUGAGAAAUUGGGCAAGUUUUAAACCGAUCUUUAACCCUGUUUUAUUUACAAACGAUACGACUUUAGCAAAGCAUGCGCAGAAAUAUGGUUGGAAAGUAUUACCAUUGAUAAAGGUGGCUGAUAAUGGACUGCCGAUAUUAAAAUAUAUGUAUAUUGCCGCAAUAAAUGCCUUCAGUUCCACGUUUUAUUGUUACGCUAAUUCUGACAUAUUAUUUGAAGACGGCUUGGUAAAGACUUUAGUGAAUCUGGAAUACGCGUUAGGCGCUGAAACGUUAGACUCAACGCCCGUAUUUCUAACGGGUUUACGACUGGAAUGUAAUCAAUGUUCUUGGAGAUGAAAUUUUCACCGAGAGAAAAAAUAAAGACACUCAUUGCAAAGAGAGGAGCAGUGUUUGUAACAUC